CUCUCCCCGCAGGACACUCUGGGUCUGCGCACCGCCCUCGCCGCAGCCGGCAAGUCCUACUCCGAGGGCGGCGUGCCGAUUGGCGCCGCGCUCGUGCUCCCGCACCCGCCAGGUGAGCCAGACGGCGCGCCCGUCGUGCUCGGCCAGGGUCACAACGCCCGCGUGCAGCUCGACUCGCCGAUCCUCCAUGGCGAGACCGCGGCGCUGCUGGAUGCGGGGCGGCUGAAGGCAGAGGUCUACCGGCAGGCAACGAUGUACACGACGCUCUCGCCCUGCUCGAUGUGCUCAGGCGCGAUCCUGCUCUACAAGAUUCCCCGGCUCGUGAUCGGCGAGCACCGCAACUUCGUCGGCGACGAGGACCUCCUCCGGUCGCGCGGCGUCGACGUCGUCGUGCUCGACGAUCCGGAGUGCGUCGACCUCAUGGAGAGGUUUAUCAAGGAGAAGCCGGAGGAGUGGUAUGAAGACAUUGGG